UGGAGGAACCUGCUCCAGAAUCUCAUAAGGAAAUAGAUCCAGUUAAAGCAAUUGAGUAUGUUCGUCGACUUGACAGAACACCCGAGAAGGACUUUAAUGCUCGCAACGAAGAAGAUAAGAAAAUGGUCUGCCAAAGACGGUUGCUGACAGAGAAAGUUAAAGAAAAAAUAGAUCGACUUGAAAAUGAAGUCGAAGCAAGGGAGCGGGAGGUUGAGAGUGAGCGUAAACUUCGUGAGGCAGCUGAGCAGCAACUGGAGACGUGUUACCGUGACAUGUACGGGAGUCCGACAGUGAACGAGGAGUUACGGGAGCGGCUCCCUCGAGCCAACAAGUCAGACCCCUUUAAGCGGGAAGAGUUGUCCGAAACAGACCUCAGCUCCAUUGAAGAGCAGAUCGUCGCCACAGAUGAGGAGGGCGCUGAAACCAGACAGAGCACACCAAAAAUGAGCCAAGACAGACAUUCCAAGACAAAACUCAAACUCCUUUCAAAGUAUUCUCCCAAGUCUUCAAGACGUAGCCUAAAUUUUAAGGAAGAGCAUGGAAAAUCUUCCAGUCCCCAUCACAAAACAGACAUGCAGACAGGGCUUCACAACCCCUCUCCAGUCCCUUUCUCCCAGUCGACCAUGAACCCUCCCCUUGGUGGUUUCUAUGGCAACCCUUAUGGUGCUAACCCGUACAUGCCAUACAGUGGGGGUGUCCUGGCAGGAAAUAUGGCGAGUCUGGGGACCUACCCUGGAGCAAUGUAUCCAGGCAUGUCCCAGUUUCCUCCACCACCCACCAUUAACAUCACCAGGCCCAUGUCAGCUCCUGCCCAACCCCCUGGGUCUACCAUCCCGGACAGGACAGGACAACCCCUGGUAAAAGCUGAGUCAGCUUCAACACUGGCUGCAGACAGACCAUUGAUUGACACACAAGAUUCUCAGUCAUCAUCCACUACCUGUGCAUCACAGUCACCAAACACCAACACUACAGCAACAAUGAGCCCAUCUGGUGCUUACUAUGGUGGUUCCUCUUCACUGAACACCUCCCCUGACUCUGGUAUCGGAGCGAGUGCCAGCAUGUUGGGUCCCCGCAGCUACACAUUGCCCAACCCCCAAAGACCAGGUAUCCCCUCGGGCACGUCCAUGCUGCCUGACCCCUUCAUGUCUCCUCACUUCUCACCUCGUAACACGUUCGGAGCCACCAGUGGCAUCGGGUAUGAGCAGAACAGACACAUCAGCAGCUUACUGUCAGAGAUUGACGCACAAAGAAUGGAAACUCGGAAACUGCGUAGUGAGCUAGCAGAUCGGGAGACUGAGCUGGAGACAUUACGAAUCACGUUGAAGGCCCAGGAGCUCAACAAUAACCCGGAACCCUCAGAGCUACAGAGGGCUGCAGGUGUAGUGGAGGAGGUGUAUGGGGCUCAGCGGCGUAGAGACGAGGCUGUAUUGGGCAGGAUGAGACUGGCCAAUCAGGAGAGAGAUGAAGUGAUAGAGAGGCUGAGGACACUGGAGGCCAGGAUGGCAGCUAACAGUGAUGGUGGGGCAGGCCCAUCAUAUUUGGAGAGGCCAGAUGAUGACCUUCACCUUGACAUGGAUAACCUUGACAGCACAGAGGAGUUGUCACAGCUGCUCACAUAUCUGGAUUCCCCAUCAUCUGGCGAGAUGGAGAUGUCAGCGGUGGUCGGGCGGGUGGAGGCAGUGAGGCAGAGACAACGUGAACUUGUGAACGAGGAAAUGCAGGUGCUUAUUGAACAGCGAGACAUCGCUCUUGCCAAGUGUCAUAAACUUGAGGAGCAGUUGCUGCGUUACCAAAAGGACAGCGACGCUGAUGGAGGCAUGGACAAAUCCACUAAGGCCAAACUUGCUGCAAUCCAACAAGAAAGGGACGUGGCAGUUGCCAAAUCCAAACAACUUGACGACGAAGUUCAGACGCUACGUAUUUACUACGGCCUGCACAAGUCCCUCUCAAGGGAGAACUCCAAAUACAAGCCGGCCCACGACACCAUGCAGCCCCUCACAGAGGAGCUAGCAGCAUCACAAGAAGAGUUGGCACAUGCACAGAAAGAGAACGGGCGCCUGAUGGCCCAGCUUCGCUCUUCUACCAUUGACAAGAAGCAGCUAGAGCAGGCUCUGGAGUCUGUCAGCCAGGACAAGGAGAGGCUCCAGAGGCUUGUCGGUGUGUUGAAGAAGAAGCUGGACCAGGCGGGCGCCCCACAGGGGGAACAAAACCAUUAGUGUAUUAUACAAGUAUAGAAGUAGUUUAGUGGCAUGUGGCCUUCUCAUUCUUGUUAAGCUGUUCAGGAUAUUUACAAGUACACAAGCAUAAAUAAAUAUACGUGUAGCAAGGCCCAUAACUGUAAUCAGUUAGGAGUAAUGUUCCUUGAUCAACUGAGAGAAAUGGAUGGGCGUUAGCACCUACUGACAGUGCUCUUGUUCAGUGGUAUUAGGUCAACAAAUAUAAACACACUCAAUUCUAUUCCUGUACAUGGACAUCUUAUUUGCAUUUGCUUAUUUUCGUUUAAUACUCCGGUGUCACAGAAUAUGCCAAGGUCCAUUUCAAAAGAUUAUGUCCUAAGCUUUAUUUUAAAUGUAACAGAAACCCUGGUACAUGAUAAAAGCAUGAUGACCUUGUACCAGUGCAUAUUUAUUCAUAAAUUAUUAGAUAUGAAAGAAACUAAUUAGCUUGUAGAUAAAAUAAGGGCAUUUGUCGUAGAUUUUUACAAGGAAACUUUGUAGUUAUUUAAGUGUUUUUGUGGAAAUAAUCUGUUAUUUUACUACUAGUAUACUAGUUUGCUUUGAAUGCCCUUUUUACCUAUUUUAACAUUAUGUCUUUUUAUAUACAUUUGUAUAAAUGUUGCAUAUAUGAAAUGUGGGUAAUGAUACGUAAAUGACCAUUCCACGGAAAAAAUAUCCAAUGUCUUGCUUAAUUUGUUUAUCUUUAUUUAUUUUUUCAAAUAUAUUAACAUAAUUUUUGUGUUUUCAAAUAUGUUAACAUAAUUUUUGUGUUUUCAAAUCUGUUAACAUAAUUUUUGU